UUGGAGGGAAAACAAAACGUUUGUCGACGCCGACUACAUGUUCGCCUUUGCCCUUGUGUUUUUGUUGUAACAAGUGGAAAACAUGGUGCAAACGUGUUGUGUUAUCAACUGCCACAAUCUUUCACGCGAUCGCUUCGGGAAUAAAAAGGAUGGGGGGAGAUUUUUCUCAUUUCCGACGUGGAAGCAAAGCCAAGGAGCUGUGAUCUGUGAGCUAACAAAGAGACGCCGAAUGGCCUGGAUAGCAGCCGUGAGACGACCAAACAUCACUUUCAACGCCAUCACCCGACACAUGUUGGUGUGUUCACGGCAUUUUCACACUGGGAGACCUGCUAAUGAAAUGGAUGAAAGCCAUCCAGACUGGGCACCCUCAUUACAUCUCGGACACACGGAGGUGAAAGCUGCAGAUAACGAGAGACUACAGAUAACAUUGCACGAGGAGGAACUUUCUCCAACAAGAGAGGAGAACGAGCGACUACGACAACAACUGGAAGAUGUUUGCAAGACUCAAGUUGUGCUGCACGUUGAAGACAUCCAGCAGUUGGAGCAGGGGGAGCCACAGCCCCCUGACAUUAAAGAGGAAGAAGAGGAGCCAGAGGCCGGCUACAUUAAAGCGGAAGAGGAGGAGCAACAGCCCCCCUAUGUUAAAGAGGAAGAACUCUUGAUCACUCAGAAGGGAGAGGAUCCUUUGGCCAGGUUGCUACUGACUGGUGUCUCUGUGAAGACCGAAGCCCAUGAAGACAAACCACUGGAGUCGUCACAGCUUCAUCAUAGUCCAAGUGAGGAGAAGAGAGAGGCGGAGCCUUCAAGCAGCAGCUCAACACAACACAUGACAACAGAAGCUGAUGGAGACCACUGUGGAGGAUCACAAGCAGACAACCUCUUAGCUCCACUGUCAGAUAGUGACGACAUAACGUCACACUCUGCUGAAGAAGACAGCGACGACAGCCGAGAACCUUUGAGCAACAAGCAGUCAGAAUGUUCUAAAAAGAAGACGGCUCAACGUUUUAACUGCUCAGUAUGUGAUAAAAGGUUUUCUUUUAAGAGUAAUUUGACUCGGCACAUGAGAACACACACAGGAGAAAGACCUUUUCAUUGCUCCGACUGUGGGAAAAGCUUCAAUGAAAAGGUAGCUCUGGUUAUACACAUGAGAACGCACACCGGAGAAAAACCGUUUACUUGCUCAGACUGCGGUAAAAGCUUCACUCGAAAGAAGGUCAUGGAAAGACACAUGACAGUACACACAGGAGAAAGACCUUUUAGUUGCUCAGACUGUGGUAAAAGCUUCGGUGAAAGGAUAGCUAUGGUUAUACAUAUGAGAACGCACACAGGAGAAAGACCUUUCAGUUGCUCAUACUGUGGUAAACGCUUUACUCAAAAGUCUGACAUGCAAUCCCACGUGAGAAUACACACAGGAGAAAAACCCUUUACAUGCUCGGCCUGUUUUAAAAGGUUCAGUCGAAAGGUAAACUUGGUAUCGCACACGAGAACACACACAGGAGAAAAGCCUUUUAGUUGCUCAAACUGUGGUGACACAUUUUGUUGGAAGUCCUCUUUGAAAAGACACAUGCAGAAACACUGAUGGUCUUGUGUUUGACUCGCCUGACGUCCAUGCAGUCACUGUGUUGCCCGAAAAGUAUUCUCUGUUCAAUAAAUACAGUGCACUUUGUUUUUAUUUAUGUGCAAAAGAAAGACAUGGUGACUGAUGUGCUUUCCUCUUUUAUCAAA